AGUAGCUGGAGCGGUGGCCCAGGUUGGCACGCCGGGCGUGGGGCUCUCCCGGGCGGACGGGGCUCUCCCCAACCCGGUGCCCCCCAGCCCAGGCGGACCCUCGAGCCCUCGGGCCGGGCCGGGGCGAUCCGGGAAAGUUGAGGGACUCGUCCCGUCCCUCCCCGCACCCCCCUGGCUAAAGGAGCAGCCCUGCCCUCGGGCCAUGCCCCGGACUCUGGAGACCCUCUUUCGGCGGGACGUUCUGCCCCAGGCCCUGGCCUCCUGGCCGCCGCUGCCAACCUGCCUCCAUUUUGAUCUUCAGGGCUGUCAUCUCUCCCAUCCGCCGCCAGCCGGCACACCCCGCCCCCCCCCCCCCUCCGCUCCAUCUUUCCCUUCUCCAUCUGGCUGCUCCCCUCCCCAAACUGCUAGACUCCGCCGGAGCUGACCGCCUGGGGUGGGGGGAGAGGAUGCGGGCCCCCCGGGCUGCCGCCGGGCGCUCCUCCCUCUGCCGGGGCAGCGAGCCCCGGAAGGAGCCGGGAGGGCUGAGACCUGAACCCGGAGCCAGACGUAGGUGAUGGGAGCCUGACGACUGCCCGAGGACGUGGCGGGGCGGGCGGGGGGAGGCGUGGGAGGGAGCCGGGCUCGAGUCCUCUCACGGAGGAGCCGGAAGGACAGGCGCCGCCUCUCGUCCAGCCCUUGGUGCCCGGCCGCUCCCCCAGCAUGGCGUGGGGGCUCCCCAGCGCCGCCGGGCUGGCCCGUCUCUGCCAGAAGCUCAACCGGCUGAAGCCCCUGGAAGACGCCACGAUGGAGACGUCCCUGAGGCGCUGCCUGUCCACCCUGGACCUGGCGCUGCUGGGCAUCGGGGGCAUGGUGGGCUCGGGCCUCUACGUGCUCACGGGCACGGUGGCCAAGGAGAUGGCGGGCCCGGCGGUGCUCGUCUCCUUCGCCGUGGCCGCCGUGGCCUCGCUGCUGGCGGCCCUGUGCUACGCGGAGUUUGGGGCCCGGGUUCCGCGCACGGGCUCGGCCUACAUGUUCACAUACGUGUCCAUGGGCGAGCUCUGGGCCUUCCUGAUCGGCUGGAACGUCCUCCUGGAGUACAUGAUCGGGGGCGCCGCCGUGGCCCGCGCCUGGAGCGGCUACCUGGACUCCAUCUUCAGCCACCACAUCCGCAACUUCACAGAGACGCACGUGGGCGUGUGGCGCGUGCCCUUCCUGGCCCGCUACCCAGACUUCCUGGCGGCGGGCAUCCUGCUGAUCGCGGCCGCCUUCGUCUCCUGCGGGGCCCGCGUCUCCUCCUGGCUCAACCACAUCUUCUCCGCCCUCAGCCUGGGCGUCAUCGUCUUCAUUGUCGUCCUGGGCUUCGUCCUGGCCCAGCCCAAGAACUGGAGCUCCCGGGAGGGCGGCUUCGCCCCCUUCGGCUUCUCGGGCAUCCUGGCGGGCACGGCCACCUGCUUCUACGCCUUCGUGGGCUUCGACGUCAUCGCCGCCUCCAGCGAGGAGGCCAGGAACCCCAAGCGGGCGGUGCCCAUGGCCAUCGCCAUCUCCCUGAGCCUGGUGGCGGGCGCCUACAUCCUGGUGUCCAUGGUCCUCACUCUGAUGGUGCCCUGGCACAGCCUGGACCCGGAGUCGGCCCUGGCCGAUGCCUUCUACCGGCGCGGCUACGGCUGGGCUGGCUUCAUCGUGGCCGCGGGAUCCAUCUGCGCCAUGAACACCGUCCUGCUCAGUAACCUCUUCUCCCUGCCGAGGAUCGUCUACGCCAUGGCCACCGACGGACUCUUCUUCCAGGCCUUUGCCCACGUGCACCCCAAGACCCAGGUGCCGGUCGUGGCCAUCGUGGUGUUCGGAGGCCUCAUGGCGCUGCUGGCCUUGGUCUUAGACCUGGAGGCUCUGGUCCAGUUCCUGUCUAUCGGGACGCUGCUGGCCUACACUUUCGUGGCAGCCAGUAUCAUUGUCCUGCGCUUCCAGAGAGCCCCGGCCCCUGGCUCACCUCCAGCCCCGGCAAGUCCGGAACCUCCUUCCAAGGAGUAUGAGUCCUUCUCUGACCGACUGCAGCUGGUGGGGGCCACCCAGGCCGAGGCCCCCGAGCCGGGCCAGCUCAAGCUGGCUUGGCGGCCUUACCUGCCCUUUCUGGGCACCCACUGCAGCCCAGGGGCUGCUGUGACCUGGGCCCUGGUGGGGCUCAUGGUGUCUGCCAUUGGGCUCAGCUGCGUGCUCAUCUUUGGAGAUUCCCCCCUGCAUCUGCCCCGCUGGUGCGCUGCCUUCCUGCUGGUUCUCUGUAGCCUGGCCUUCCUGUUCAGCCUGCUCCUCCUCAGUGCCCAUCAGCAGCAGCCAAGCCAGGACACUUUCCAGAUCCCUUGGGUGCCCCUGACUCCGGCCCUCAGCAUCCUUCUGAACAUCUGUCUCAUGCUGAAGCUGAGUUAUAUGACCUGGCUGCGCUUUGCCAUCUGGUUGCUUGUAGGGCUUGGGGUCUACUUUGGCUACGGAAUCAGACACAGUAAGGAGAACGUCCAGGACCCUCCGGGGGCGGGCAGCACCCGCUAUGUGGUGUUUCCCAGUGGGAGCCUGGAGGAGACGGUGGAGACGGUGCAGCCCCCGGGCCAGGCCCCCCCAGGCCCUGCCCCCAGCACAGACAGCCCGGGGAGCCGCGGCUGACACCCGCCCCGGACUCGGCUCCGAAGGCCCUCACUGCCGGGGGCUGGCCGGCCCAGCCCCUUCUCCCCGCCCUCGCGGCCGUCCCAGAAUCCUUGGCGCCUCCCUCCGCUCUGGAAGCGGCUGGGAAGGCGGCCCUGCAGCCCGGCGCCUGAGUGAAUAACACGAAUGACGGAACCCACAAGCCCGCGUGUCUUUGGUCACCAGAGCGGGCGUGGCGGCCCCCACAGGGCAGGGACGAAGCCCCGAGGGGGGGGCGGCGCCCAGGCUGGCUUGGGCGCAGGGCCAGCUUUCUGGCGGCCCCAGAGGCCCAUCCAUGAGCCAGUCCGUGAGCCUUUAUUAAAGGGCCUCUGGUGCGCAAGCCGAGCCCCAGGCCCUGCCCUGGAGGGCCUCCCCCUUAACGGGGGAGUGCAAGAUGGCCCCAGGGCAGAAGCGAGCUGAGCGCAGAGCGUGCGCGCGCGCCCGUGUGCCCGUGCCCGUGCCCGGGGGAGCAGGAAGGAGAAGAGCCGAGUUCCAGUCCCCGCUCCACAGUUUUGCCCCUCAGUCUCUUCCUCUGUACAAUGGGCUCAUGAUCCCCCCAGCUCCAUCCCAGUUUUCGGGCUUCAUUGCCUCAUCCAUCCCCGCCCUCCGCUCUAAAUGCCGGCUGCGUGUGCUUGUUCUUAAAACCCGCGCUGUGGGGUGCAGGGACUCGGCCAGGGUCGCCCCCGAGGAAGUGUCUGAGGCCACAUCGGAACCCGGACUCCCAUCUCCCCGCCCCCCAUCCACAAGAUGCCCCGCAGAUACCAAAUGCAGCCCCUCCUCCCUCGAACUCACGGCCCGACCAGGCCCAGGCAGGGGCGCAGCUCCCUGCCUCAGCUCCCUCCCACCGCAGCGUCUGGCCGGACUGUGCCUCCGCCCCCCACCCCGCCCCCCUCCUCCUCUCCACCUCCCGGCUUCCCUGCGGACACUCUCACAGGCCGCGCGCGCGCACAUGCACACGCACACAUGCACGCGCGUGGCUCCUUGUCUCCCACCAGACUGUGAGCUCCCCCGAGCAGGGCCUCGGCCUUUCUCUGUGCUCCCCGCGGCGCGGACGACGUCUUUAAUAAAUGGUCCCUGACAGACA